AAAAUAGCUUGUUUGAGAAGGGGAAACACUGCGUUCUUGCGUUGGACGAAGAGAUCGAAUCCGCCGAAAAAAAGUGGAAGGUGCUCUCUCGAUUUUCCAAGUUUCAGAAAGUUUCUUAAAUGCGCGCGGACAGAUUUAACGAGUGACACGACACGACGUGAGCGUCGUCGACGAACCGACACACCAACGAUGAAUUGCUGGCCGGCUUUGCUGUCGCUCUUCUCGCUUCUAGGCACAUUUCUGCUCGCGGGCGGCGUCGAGCUAACCUUCGAGCUGGCCGACAAUGCCAAGGAGUGCUUUUACCAGGAGAUCGAGAAGAACGUCACGUCUACGUUGGAAUUUCAGGUGGUCACGGGUGGCCAGUAUGAUGUAGACGUUACAUUAGAGGCUCCUAAUAAGGAGAUCAUUUAUAGUCAAGUAAAAACACAAUUUGAUUCACAUACUUUUGUACCAACCAUGUCCGGAAUAUACAAAGCUUGCUUCAGCAAUGAGUUUUCUACUUAUUCCCACAAAUUGGUAUAUAUGGAUUUCCAAGUUGGCGAGGAACAAUCUCUUCCAGGACUUGGGGAACAUGUCACAGUAAUGACUCAGAUGGAGUCUUCCGCCCAAGAAGUGCACAAAAAUUUAAUUAGCAUCUUGGACUAUCAGACACAUCAUCGUCUGCGUGAGGCUCAGGGUCGCAAACGUGCAGAAGAGCUCAACGAGCGAGUGCUUUGGUGGUCGAUAUUAGAGACUGCUUUCAUUCUGUUCAUUGGCAUCGGACAGGUGUUGAUUCUCAAGAAUUUCUUCACGGAUCGCAGUCCUUCUCAGAGUUACUAGUGAUUACAAAGAUUAAGAAGAAUGGAACUCUCUCAUUUGUGUUCUCGAGAUACACGAUCGUUGUAGAUCAAAUUUGUCCUAGUGUGACCAUCGUCAUUUUCAUCGUUGAUCUAAAGUGCCAUCGUAAGAAUCUCUCGUCGGUAACAACAUCAUGCCUCUGUUGAGGAAGAGCAUUCCUUGAUCAGAAUUCUGAAAAAGGGCGUAAAAUGAUCUUUUUUGCGCGUGCCACGGACGUGUGUAAUAUCACAUAGUAAUAAUUUACGUGGCCACGGACAAAACAUGGGUGCUGAUACAACUCUCGAGGCGAUUAAAAGGGGACAAGUGCAAGCAAUAAAACUCUUACACAUCCCUCUUUCGAUGGACACUCUGAAGUCGUACUUAUACUGGCGUAUAGACAGUAUAUAACAUGAAUGGGACAUGAACGUCAUGGUUUUCUUACUGUGAAUGUGUAACAUAAUAAAAUUAGAUUUGUGUGUAUUUAUGUCUACUCGUUGCUGUAUCGCCAAGCGAUACGAUUGAUUCCUGUCUCUUGUCGGGCUUCUUCCGUUAUUUAUCUUACUUUAGCAUAAAAAGAAAGAGAAAGAGAGAGAGAGAGAGAGAGAGAGAGAGAGAGAGAGAGAGAGAGAGAGAGAGAGAUAAAAACUACUAUCCAGAUAAAUGAAUUUAUGAUUUGGUUUUCAUUAUCAAUCGAAUGUGACGCAACAGUUUUUUGUUUCUAUUUGAUACGUUAUUAGUUCUUCAUGGAAUAAGCGUAAUAAGUACCAUGCAGGUGGCAAUUAUGGCCGCCGUAUUCACGUUUCGUAUGCGACAGGUGGUUUUUUGCUGAGUAUGCGUUAUUUGAUUAGCGUGUCCACUAAUACGGAAAAACAGACAGCGAGGGAUAAUCGUUCAGUAGUCCACACAGACAUCGACUAAUAACUUGAUA